UUUAGAAGAAGAAAAUUUCAGAUUAUAUUGAAACACGAUGUUGCAAAGCAGAAGAUCUCUUCUCUACCAAGCCAAUUCCUUCAUUCGUUCCAAUCCUCUCACAUCCAUUUCCCACAAAAAUCAGGGUACUACUACUACUACUACUACAAGUACAACACCAGAAGAGUUUAGCAAAGUUUACAAUCGAUCCGAAGUAGAUAGUAAGGCAACAAGGCAUGAUGUAGUAAAGGGAGAUAGGUACGACGAGCAAAGGGAGACGACGGCUGAGACGGCGAAGGCGGCAGCGGCAGGAGCCAUGGACGCGGGGCUCGAGCUUGGGAAGGUGGCGAAGAAAACGGUGGACGGCAUGCUGGACGCCGCCGAGAACGUUAGAGACUCGUUAACCGAUGGCGACGGUGAUGAUCGCGUGGAGGAGCGGAGCUCCGACAAAUUUGUGGAGGAUCUCAGACGAAGGGCUAAUGGAUAUGAUCGCGACGACCGUCGCUGAAUCACUCUUCAUUUUUGUUAAUUUCUCUUUCAUUGCUGUUUUGUUUAAUGAUACAUUUACUUUCUCAUCAA